UUUGCCACAAAACGGCGUCUCGGUAGACUCAAAAACAAAUAAAUUUUAUUGUAUAAUAUCAGUUGGUCGGCACUAGCUCUGCUCCUCCAGAAAAUGGAUAUAAAAUUUGAUGGGAAAAGGGCUUUAGUUACAGGAGCUGCAUCUGGAAUAGGAAGAGGAAUAGCCCUCCAACUAGCUAAAGGUGGAGCAAGGGUGAUAGCCCUAGAUGUGUCAGAAGACCAACUAAUAAAGUUAAAAGAAGAAAUCCCUUCCCUAGAAACAGUAGCCGUAGACCUCAGCGAUUGGAAAGCUACGCAAGAAACAGUUAAAUCGGUAUGCCCUAUUGAUUUGUUAGUAAACAACGCAGGACUAGGUGAAAUUUUAGCUUUGACACAAGUGACGGAAGAAAAUUACAACAAAAUAUUCAACGUAAACGUCAAAGCUCUGAUAAACGUUACCAAAGUGGUUGUGGAAGACCUCCUAAACAGGGAAUCUCCAGGUGCCAUCGUCAAUAUAUCCUCUCAAGCUUCCCAAGCAGCAUUACCCAAUCACACUUUAUACUGUGCCUCAAAAGCGGCUGUAGAUGGUUUUACUAGAGCGGUAGCCAUGGACUAUGGUCCUAAGAAAAUUAGGAUCAACGCUGUAAACCCCACAGUGGUCAUGACCGAAUUGGGGAGAAGGUUUUGGUCGGAUCCCGCUCUGUCGCAACCGAUGUUGGCGAAAAUUCCCCUGGGAAGGUUUGGGGAAAUAAGUGACGUAGUGGCAGCUGUAUUGUUUCUGUUGAGCGACCAUGCUAGUUUGAUAACAGGAAUUUGCUUUCCUGUUGAUGGUGGAUUUUUAGCUUGUUGAAAAUUAAUUUUCUGAAUAUACGAGCUA